ACGGCAUCAACGCAAGAAGUCCUUUCUUGCAGGAUGACAAUAGUGGGCUGGAUGCACAGGCUAGAACUGGUUCGCAUGCGCACGGUCUUCACGCCCUGGCGGAUAUAUGUCUGAUGAAACAACGAGAAGAGCAAGUCCAAGAACCACAAUUGUCUUCGCAUGGCCAAAAUACUCAAGAAUCCAGCUUUAUGCAAACUCGCAAGGAGACGGAGCCCUUUCCAGAAGAGGUUUUAAGAACUCUUUGUCUCAUGCGCAAUUCAAGUGCAGACCUAAAGAGACUUCUUGCAAUUCCUACAGAAGAUCAAU